ACAGGAAAUUCAAAAUAAGAAGUGGGACAGUGAGCAACCGACAACCUGUUAAUACAGCCAGCUGAUUUGAUCUUAAGCUGAUCGAACCAUCACUGAUAGAACCGAUUAAAUCAUGCUUUCUAAUAAAUUCCCAGAUGAAAGGACAGACUUGGUAAAAUCCACUGAAGUGUCUUACACGAGCUCACAUGGAAGUGAUCCUGGAAAUAGCAACGUUAAAAUAACUUCACAAAGCUACCAAGGAUAUCAAAACGGACAAUCUCCGAGACGAGAGACAACCAACGAUGAUGAUGAUAAACAUGAUGAAGACAGAGAUGAGACAAAACCUCUUAUUGAGUCUAAUCUAAAGGCUGAAAUAACGGACUGCUUUCCUACUCGCUAUGUUAUCUGUACCAUGGGAUACAUUGGGUUUGUUCUGGUAUAUUGCUUGCGUGUUACGGUAAGCAUUGGGGUGGCGGCCAUGGUGAACUCGUCCACGCCUCGUGCCUUAGAUGACAAUACGAGCGGUGAAUACUGUUCAGAUCGAGGAGGUAUUAAUAGCACUAGGCAAGAUGAGGAUAUUGGUGAGUUCGACUGGGACAGCGAAACGCAAGAGUUUAUCCUGGCCGGAUUCUUCUAUGGCUAUAUGUUCACUCAGUUGCUUGGCGGAUGGCUCGCAGACAAAUUUGGCGGGAAAUUUAUUUUCGCAUUGGGCGUGCUGUGUACGAGUCUCUGUUCUUUGGUCUUCCCCGUCGCUUCCUACGCAGGACCUGGCGUCGUGUUUGCGACGAGAGUUAUUUCGGGCCUGGGAGAGGGAUUUACAUUUCCAGCCAUGUUUUCACUGUUCAGUAAUUGGGUGCACCAGGAAGAGCGAGGUAGAUUAGCCGUUGUUACCUUCUCAGGUUCGUGUCUUGGUAAUAUCCUCGGUCAGGCAAUUUCCGGAGUGACUGCAUCCACUGGUGUCUUGGGAGGAUGGCCAUUGCCAUUUUAUAUAUUCGGAAGCAUAGGACUUGUCUGGUUUGUAGCUUGGUUAUUUCUCGCAUACAAUACCCCUGCAGAGCACCCAAGAAUUUCUCUGGCUGAACGAAAGUAUAUCGAAUCAGGGGUAUCAAUAAAAAAGACUGCUAAAGUGAGAGUUCCAUGGAAUAAGAUUUUGACAUCCAUGCCGGUUUGGGCUCAGGUGAUCGCUCACAUGACUGCGUGCUGGGGCUACUUCACACUCCUAACGAAUUUACCAAUCUACAUGAAUGAUGUACUCAGAUAUGACUUAACUAUGGCUGGUAUAUUAUCGGCUGUACCGUACGCAGUGCAAUGGGCAUCUAUGGUAAUAGGGGGGAUGCUGUCUGAUCAUCUUAUCAACACUGCAUUCAUGUCAAGAACAGGCAUUAGAAAACUCUUCGUGACAACAGGACUUUUCGCAUAUGGGGUCACGCAGGUUCUAGUUGCUGUUGUAGGCUGCAAUGGCGCCCUCUCUGUUACAUUCAUUUCUCUUGGACUUGGAGUAGUUGGCGUCGCGUUCUCGGGAUACCUCCCGAAUACAUUAGAUCUCGCUCCCGCCUAUUCGGGCAGCAUCGGAGGCCUGGUGCAGAGUGCUGGACCAAUCUCGGGCAUCCUUGGUCCAUAUCUUGUCGGAGUUUUCACAGAAGACCAGAGAAACUUAGAGGGAUGGCAGUAUGUAUUCUACAUUUCCUUUGGAGUCACUACUUUUGGAGCCAUUUUUUACCUCAUCUUUGCAUCCGGAGAGGAACAAACCUGGGCAUCAAAAAACACUCAAACACAUGAACACGAUGAGAGCGAUUAUGAUAAAAUUUGA